UCUCUGUACCACAGGUUGUCCGAGUUUGAGCCAGCGGCCCCAUCAGAUCUCUUGAACCCCAGCUGUGCCAUCUCUUACAUGUAGUGGCAAACCAUUCCUCAGCAUAGGAUGGUUCCUCCGUCAAUCGUAUUGAUCCCUCCCCUUGUAGUGCUUUGUAGAAUGGAAUGGUCAUUCUCUAGCCAAUCAGAAGGCAGCUCCCACCAUGUUUGUUAGGACUCGUCUCCAAGGAUGCCAAGCGACCUUCCUCAGGUGGUGUCUCUGACACGUCCAGUGAGUCCAGCAAAACAUCUAUGUCUUGGCCAUGUUUUACAACAGGAUUAUAAAUCCAGGUCCAUGUCUGAACCUAAGCUGCUUCGGAGACCUUUGUCCCCAAAGGGGAAGACUGAACGGGCUGGACCAAGCGGAAAAGGCCAUAAAGGUAUUGUGGCACAAUGGGUAACCUGGGAUUGGCACUCUGGUGCAAGUGCUCAUGAGGAAGAUACAAAAUUCAAAGGAAAACAUGGCGCUGAUUAUGGCCAGCUUCAUUUACCUGAGAAGAGCCAAGCAAUUUGUAUGAGUUUUCCAGACUUUGGUUCUGAAAUCCAAGUUCCAACUAAUAUUGAGAGAACCUUUAUUAUUCCUUCACACCCUAGUGGUCCUCCUAGCUUCCCAAUGCAAAAACGCCGGGUACCUUUAAGGAUGCAAAUGCCAUUUCUAGGAGAUUACAGGCUGCUUUUACGAAGAGAUUUUAUAUUGAAAGGUCUGGCUAUAGUCACCACUAUUCAUUUAAAAUGCUUGGACAUUGAAACUAGAAGACCAAUUAUUUCUCGUCUUAACUAUGAGGUACUCACGAGUGAGCUGAAUGCUAGGCAAAGGAGAGGCCCAAGAGAAGUCCAUAACAUACUGCUCACAAAUGCAGAUCUUCCUUUUCCUGAACCACCAAGAAAACCUGAGAGACAAAUGGAAUUAGAAAGGUUACUGGAUGAGAGACUGGCAGAGAGACUGGCAGAAAGACUGUCUCUCUCCCCAGAAGAAAAAAAAUUACUCAUUGAGGAGGCAAAAGAGAAAAAAAAGAAGAGAGUGACUUAUGCAGUAGAAUCUGAGCUGGAUUAUGAAGCCGAGCUGGAUUAUGAUGACUCACUUAUCUCCGGUAUGGGAAGCGAGCCUAAAUUAAAUCUAGAAGAGGAGGAGACUGAAUCAAUGUCAGCAGCUUAUAUGGCAGUACUUUCUUGCCUAAUGCAUAGAAGAACUGGGCUUAGUCUUAAGGCAUUUUUUCUGUUUCAACUUCCAGACCUCUCACCUUUGGCCGGCUUUUUACUGUACCUUAACCUGUCAUUUAACUACUUGUACUUCUUUCCUACAGAGGUAUUUUAUCUUAAACAAUUAGAAGUGCUAAAGCUGCGAAACAACCCCAUCAAAUUCAUCCCAGACGAUAUCUGCCGAAUGAAGAAUCUUAAAUUAUUGGUUAUGUCCUUCAAUUUGCUGACUACUCUUCCAGCUGGGCUAUUUUCAUUGCCCAAUCUGCAGGGCCUCGAUGUUUCCUACAAUGAACUUGAAUUCAUCCCUAAUGAAAUUGGAAAACUCAGAAACCUAACAUUUCUGAACGUAGAAGGGAAUCUACUGUACGUCUUGCCUUGCGGGUUGCUGAAGCUCAGGCUGAGCUGCCUUAAGGUGGAAAACAACUUCUUGCACGCCUACUUCUGGGAUGAAAUCUGCCAUCUUGAGCCACAACGACUCACUGACAUGGCUGCCUUUUGUUUUGCCAAACACAACCUUUGGAGAGUGUAUCGCAAGAUCCCAAGGGACAUUCAUGAGAUAUUGCUCAACUUUAAAAUCUGUGAUUGCUGCACGGGACCCUUGUAUGGAAAAGGCCUUCAGUUCCCUCGCAUUUUUAGGAACGACUAUGGGCUUAGGCUUCCUUAUCUUUUUAGUGCCUGCUCGCCAACCUGCUAUUCGAAUUAUGUUGCUGCAGCUGCUGCUGAAGCUGAAGCUGCUGCUGCAGCUACAGAUGCUGCAGCCUCAACGUGAUAGAUAUUUCAACUG